GUUUUUCUAGACGUCGUGCACUUCUGCCGGAGUUGCUGGAUGUGUGGUAAUAGAGAAGCAAGUAUUGCUUUUUGAUUAAUAGUGAACCCGAGAGGGUACGAGUAAGCGAUGUUUCUCUUAUGAACUUCUUCUUGUGUGGCGUGAGACAAGAUUUCAUAUUCUUUAAAAAAGGAAGCCUUUCCACGUCUUUUACUACUUUUUUAUUUUAUGUCUUUGCGGUCAGCAAGAUGCCCCGGCAGGUAAACAGUGAAGUGUUUGCUGAGGAAAAGGAACUUUAAGUCACCGGUUUUCACGGGGGAAGUCGUUUUGUGUGUCGCUGUCAGCUCUGACCGAACUACAUUUUCCCUUUUUUCGUAUAUUUCUAGCUUCUUUUUGAGGAAAAAUCUGCUCUUUAGUGCAUGCUUAUCUGUUUUGUACCCACGGGAAAUUAUUAUGGACAGAAGACACAGACCGGAUGGUACGAUCCGUCUCGGACGGCGUUAGCGAGUUUGCGGUGUGCGCCGCCUCUUGAUUUACUGCACGCGCCCUGGGAGUGACAGUGGAUGCUCGCCUUUCCCGAAGGUUUCCCAGGUUAGACCCUACUUGAAUGCCUUUCCCAGGAUUUUGUUGGCUUCUGUGCUGCAGGCAAGGGUUCAGUUUACUCGGGAGAGACUAUGGGGAAAAAGAAGAGGAAGAAUCCUUUGAGUUGCGCAGCAAGGACGAACUAGCGUGCAGCGUACGGGGUCCUCUGGAGGUGACAUUUACUCAGCCCGUGCGCACAGCCAACGGGACGAAUGGCCGGUCAGAUGUUCAAGAGGAGAUGUUAAGUCUGAUCAUCGAGAAGUGCAAGAUGGGCCUGGAGAAUGACCCGGAGCAGGUUGUCAAAGGGUGGCUGUACCGGGAGACACCAGGGAGCUGGAUCCGGCAGCGGCGGCACUGGUUCGUCUUGACCCACGACUCGCUGGACUGCUACAGCAACUCGGAGAGGGGCGCCCGCCGGCUCGGCACCCUGGUCCUCACCAGCCUCUGCUCUGUUGUCUGGCCCGACAAGCAGACGUACAAGGAAACGGGGUACUGGAGCUUCACAGUCUAUGGGCGUAAACACUGCUAUCGGCUCUACACCAAGCACUUUAAUGAGGCGGUGCACUGGGCCUGCGCUAUUCAGAAAGUCAUCGACAGCAAGGCCCCGGUGGAAACUCCCACCCAGGUUCUCAUCAGGGACAUUGAGGAGAGCAGGUUCAACCCGGAGGUGGUGGAGCACAUUUACAAGCACAAUCCCAUCCUGAGUUACACCCAGAGCCCUCUCUACGCUCCGCUGCUCCCCUUCCCCUACGGCAGCUCCGACCACGUCCACCACGCCGGCAAGGGCUACGCCACAGUGCGUGACGAGGCCGUGCGCCUCUUCAACUCCCUCCAGCAGCUGGAGGCGGCGGCCGAGCCCGUGCCUCUCAUCCAGGGCGUGCUGCAGACGUGCCUGGACCUGCGGCCGCUGCGGGACGAGGUCUACUGCCAGCUGGUGAAGCAGACCAGCGGGGCGCCCUGCGCCGGCGUGCCCGCCCAGCUGCGCUACUGGCAGUUGCUGACCUGCAUGAGCUGCACCUUCCUGCCGGGACCAGCCGUGCUGAAGUACCUGCGAUUCCACCUUAAAAGGGUUCAGAACCAGAAUCCGAACACAGAGAUGGACAGCUACGCAUCCUUCAUCUGGGAGGCAUUGCAGAAGACGCGCUGCCGCGAGUGCGUGCCGUCCUGGGAGGAGAUCCAGGUGCUGAUGACUCUCCGGGAGAUGCUGUGUUUGGUUCAUUAUCCUGGUCCCGGAUCCUGCCGGCUGCCCAUCACCUCCCAUACCACAGCGGAUGAGCUGGUGAAGAUGAUCUCAGAGAAGCUGGGUCUGCAGGACAGCCGCAACACCUUCGCCCUGUUCGAGCAGAACGCCCACCAGGAGCGAGCCAUCAACGGAGGCACCAUCAUCGCUGAUAUCCUGACCAGGUUUGAAAACCUCGCCGCUAAAGAUCCAGACCCGGACAGCCAGUGGAGACUCUCCUUCAAGCUCUAUUGUCUCCUGGAUACUGACAGCAUUUCCAUCGACAGCAUCGAGUACAUAUUCCUAUUCGAGCAGUGCCAUGAGAUGAUGGUGCGAGGUCAGCUCCCUGCCUCCGAGGAGGAUCUGCAGGACCUGGCAGCCCUACGCUUACAGUGCCUCAUGGGGGACUUCAGCACCCACUCGCCCUGCCCGCCGCUGGACGAAGUCUUCCCCGGCAACGUGGUGGAGGCCCGUGUCCUGCUGGCCCUCAAGCCCCCCCCGGGCAUCCCGUCUACAGGCCCCAACCUGCCUAUGGGCUGUCCGCAGAGGUUUGCUGGCGGCCUCCUGGCGGGGGCGCUGUGGAGCCACACGGCAGCCCACAAGCAGAGGGUGGAGCAGGACCUGCGGCUGCAUGGCCGGCUGAAGGAGGAAGGGGCGGCCGUGAUGGGUGCCAUUGUAGAGCGCUGGAAGGGACUGGCGGGCUACAGCAGGCGGGAGAGCAUAGCGGCCUACCUUGCCAUCGCAAGGCAGUGGUCGGGCUUUGGUGGUACCCUCUAUGAGGUGGACUUCUACAUCGUGAGUGCACAGACCCCGUUAACCACAUUAGACAUCGAUCUGUGGCCAUCUGAGGUCACCAUCGGCCUUUCUCCCUCGUUCCAGAGCUCCACUGGUAGCUUCUCACAGAAACUAUGGCUGGGUGUGGCGGCCGAGUGCAUCUCGCUGUACAGGCAGGGGGAGGCUGAAGCCUUGGAGUCCUUCCCCUACGGUCAGAUCUGCUCCUAUGGAGCGUUCGACAGCAAUACCUUCAAGGUCACCGCUGGGGACCGGGAUCUGCUCUUCGAAACCAGCAAGCUGACGGAGAUCAUGCAGCUCAUGAACGCCUACCUCAGCGCCGCACAGCGAUACCAGGCACCCGCCAGCAACGCGGACACCGAUAGGGGCUUUGGUAUCUCCCCGGCCAGCAGAGAGGAGCCCUGACCUUGUAACCUUCACGCCGCCCGGACCUUUGGCCACAUGUGCCGAGAAGGUGAAGUGCAGGAGCCGUCUGCGGGGCAGAACUUCAGCGUCGGCCCUGGUUCGUUGCGGAGGGUGGGGAUGGUGUCGGUGCUCUGCUCCACUUGGCUCCCCGGCUUCGUAAGUCAUAAAGAGAUGGGGAAGAAAAGCUCGACUUUUUAGCUCCAGGCUCCAAUUUCCUCUAGCUGUGGAUGCGUCAACCCGCCAGAAUUUACACAUGCUGGAUUUAAUAAGUCAUCCUGCUUUCUUUGAUGGGACUAAAGGGACUUUUCCAGUAGUCUAGUCUACUGGCGUGGGUUGAAAGGAAGAAAAAAAAAUUAUUCCUUUGGAACCAGAAUAUAUGGCUAAUAUUGCUUCAGAAAAAGGUGUGAAUGCCAAAGGAUAUUCUUUAUUUUCCCAAAGCUUAAAGUUCCCUCACCUGUACUGCUUAUCAGCAGCUCUGUGAAGACCUACAUCUUGACCGCAGACCGUGGUCAGGAGUAAACGCUGUGUCCGUUUCUGGUCUGCUACCAAAGUUGGUGUCCUCGUGUAGGACUUCUCCAAAUCUGCACUCCCUCAGAACAAACCAUCACUGGUUUGAGUAGCACUGGUUCAGAAUCGACCUAUCGGAGAAAUGUUGUACUACCUACAUGUAAAGAUCCCCCUAACUGUACCUGUUCCUUCCAACACAAAAAAACCUUAAUCUUCUGAAUAGCUUCCCUUUUUAGAAAUACAUUAUUUAAGGAAAACGGUGCCAUUCUGUGACGUUAAUUUUAUUUUUAUCUUUUAAUAAAAAGUUUUGAUAAUAAUUGAUUUUGUACUUCUUACUUAAGAAUCUCUCGUGCAAACCUCGAUUAGUUUCAGUUUAUCCACAGCGUUCUGGGAUUCAAUAAUGGUGUAGUUUCGGAUGCUGCUUACCUUGGGAUGGUUCAGGAACAGUCACUCCUGCCAUUUUCCAGUCUCCGGGUGACAAAGUGAAAAUGCACCCUAACCCUCACAUACAUCAGGUUAACGCCGGGGACCAAGGAAAGACAAGAUUUGCAGCUUCAGUGACAUCGGUGCCUUGUUUAGUUAAACCCCUUAGUGCCCCCCCCCCACACAGACACACACACACACAAACACACACACACAUUCCUGAGACACGUGAUGUCUGUAGAUUCUCAUUGUCAGGACCCUGACUUGAAAUAUAUACAUUGAGAAUUCAGCAACCCACAACUACAGAUCUUUGUCAAUCAGGUAUUUUAGCAUUUUGCUAAAAAAAAAUACUCUUUAUCCAAUGUAUUCAUCUCACACAGAAAUAAUUUUGUCCCCAAGGGAUAAAGUUGGCCAGCUUCCUCUCUCGGAUUCUCUGAAAUAAUGGUUUCUGUGGGCAGACAGAAAAAUGAUUGGUUGAGAGAGUGUACAACCAAUCAGAUUGUAGAGGUGUGCCUAAGGGACUAGAGAAGGCAGGACAAAGAUAUCUGAUUGGUUGUUCACACUUCAUGUCUAAUUGCUUGGACCCCCCCCCCCCCCCCCCAAACGAUCUGAUUGGUUCAGAGAGAUAACUAAUCAGUUUUCCUUCUGCCCUUAGAACAUUUUUGUGUAACUAAAAAGCUUUGUUUUGCCCUCGCUUUCAUUUAUGAGAAAUGGAGACUGACACUCCUAGUUUAUGGCAGAGCGCAACACUGGCCCGAUGUAACCCCACCUCACCCACCCUCUUAAUUCAACCAUUAAACGCCCGCAUACCCUUCGGCCGAAACACGGCCUCCGUACCAAAUCCACUUCCUGGCAGGAAGUCAGAAGGCAUACGUGUUCCUCGGUCACGCUCCAAGUUUCUGCCUCCUACAGCAGCGUUUCCCAGCCUAGUCUUCAAGGACCCUCAGACAGUCCAUGUUUUUGCUCCCUCUCAGCUCCUAGCAAAAUAUGGACUGGCUGGCAGGGAGUAAAAACGUGGACUGGGGGUUCCUGAGGAUUGGCUUGGGAAACACUGUCCCACAGCUGCAGGCAGCUCCUCUCUUAUGAAAGCCAUAUUUUUUUUUUACUGUAUGACAGAAGGAUGGCUAGCUUUGUCUGUAACUUUGUAUGCUGUUUGUAUGCCGCAUGGUACUUCUGUAGAUGUAUGCUGUUUAUACAUGUGACUUGGAUGUGCAAUAAUGCGAGAUUAGUAUGUAUUUAAUAAAGCAACACUAUUCAUACACUGUAGAA